UGCAUGGAGGAAGGAUGCAUGCAGAGAGCGCAAUGUUAUGUGUUGUUGCAUCGCUUUGCAACUUUCAGGAAAACAUCUGCUGCGCGUCCAGCUCCGUCGGUGCAGUUUAGAUGUGAUGUUUUGGCUCCGUGUUGCAAAACCUCUGCUCACUUCCACUGCUGGCGACGCGUCCUCUCAGGAGUGAUGGGCUCCAAGUUCACCCGACAAAGAAGUCUGGAUCUUGAGAGCAAACUGACCAAGAGGAGAAACCAGCGAAAUGAUCCUCCCAGGGAGGACGAGAGAAGUGGCAGCAGGAGCGGCGGAGACUUCUUGUUUACAUCCCUGAUGCUCAAGUCCGACAAGCUGCCGGGGAUGCUGCGGAAAAGCAACCAGAGCCCCUACAUCCAGCGGGUGGCCUGGGUCCGGGAGAUCCAGAAGCUGCUCAGGGAGCAGAAGAUGGAGCAAGCAGGAGAAGUGCUCAAACUACUGAGAAAGGAUUUGGGCCUGCAGGGAACAUCCCUCAAUGACAUUUUGUACAAGAACGCAGCUUUUCUCAACCUUGUGGACCCCAUUUCUCAUGAGCUGCUGCUCAGACUGGCUCGGGACCUGCAGUGCCCAAAAAAGGAAAUGGAGUCACUCAAAUCCACCAACAAGAUCUGCCGGCAGCUGAUUUACCACUUGACCCCUCACUCUAAGUGGACGAAACAGAGCGUGCCCCGAAGGAAAUCCCAAGCCUGUUUGAAGAGCACUUUGAAGAAGCGUCUGUCCGGUGAUGUGGUGAACUUGUCAGGAAUCCCACUGUCUGGACGGGACGUCCACCGAGUGGCUUUCUACCUUCAGACCUGUAAUGAGGCAGUGUCUGCUGUGGACCUGAGCUUCACCGAGCUGCAGGACGACAGCUUACGGCUGCUGCUGCCCUUCUUGAGCUGCAUGCCCAAACUGACCACACUAGCUGUCAACGGCAACCGCCUGACAGCCGCCAUAGUUAAAGACCUGACAGAGAUGGUCAAGGACCCCAAAAAGUUUCCCUGUCUGGCCUGGAUAGACAUGGGUAACAACUUGGACAUCUUCACUGUCCCACAGCCGUUGCUUGUAGCCCUGCGACGUCGCUUUGGUUUACGCAGCAGCCUUCCCACCAUCUACGAGUACAGCGAGGCACAGGUGUUUGGUAGUUACAAUCCAAACAUGGAGACUUCUGUGGAGGAGCCCAGUUUGUAUGAGGAGGGUGAUGUUGAGGAAGACGAUAGAGUGGAGGAGGAAGAGGAGGAGGACAGACUGGAGCUUCAAGCCUGGGGCUUCAAAGAAGAAAACAUGUCAAAGAAUGUGCCGCUCCACUUCUGUGGGAGGUGAUCGCCCAGGGCGGCUUUCUUUUAGACUGGCAGCUUCUUGUAUCCUCAAGUCUAGCCUUUUCUGUCAGAGUGGCAGGAGAUGCUGACGUUGACCCACACAUUUCUGAAAAUAACUUUAAAAUGAGUAACCAUGUUGUGUGUCCCUGUGGAUGCUCUGGAUACUGCAGACGGCCCUGUGCUUCCACAGGCAGUAAGAAUACAUUUGUAGACUGAUUUAAUCUUUAUUUGUCCAGGGAAAUUUAACUGAACAGGUUUAUUGUUUUUCCAGUACAGCAUGUUUGUUAAAUUGGGAGGUUGCCAACAAAGAUCCUUUAAGUUCUCCAAAACUGUCUUCUGGAGCACUAUGGGAAUUAAGUGCCUUAAACAUGGGCACAUUUGAAGCAGCUGAUAGGAGCAUUGGCUUACUUUAUUAUGUAGGGCAGAAUCUGUUGAAAUCAAGGAUAUACACCUGAACAAAAAGGACUGUAAAUGUAUUAUUUACAGUAACUUUCAGAUUAAUUAUUAAUUACUUAUUCUUAAUUAUUACAAAAGCUGAGAGGUGGUACAUGUAUGGUUGCUUGGAAACAUAAAGCAAUUAACAUACCUCAAGACAUUGCCUUUUCAUCUAGAGAUAGCUUGUUUGGUUAGAAUAGAACAGAAACGAAUAGAAUAGAAUAGAAUCUUGGUUCAUUUUAUUGCAAAAUUAUUAGAUAUGUAUACUAAAGAAAAAAAACCCUUUAGAUACAAAAUAAACACUCAUAGUACAAAUAAAUAAUUGGAUCAUUGUAUAACAAAAUAUUACUUAUCUUAGA